AGGGUGAGCUGGGGUCCCCAGGUCAAGGUGAGGCUGAGAAGUCCUAGGAGAGCUGUGGGAUGAGGUUGUAGAUAAAUCCAAAGGUUACCAGCCUAGACCCUUCAUCUUACCCAGAAACUCCCAUCCUGAGGGUGGGACUUCAACAAGGCGACAUCCAAGAGGACCGAGAACCCACCCCCAUGUAGGCCUGCAUGGAUGUCCCCAUCAACAGCAGAGACUUCCACUGUCUGCAGCUGGCCUGCGUGGCCCUUGGCCUGGUGGCCGGCAGCAUCAUCAUCGGUGUCUCCGUGUCCAAGGCCGCAGCUGCCGUGGGCGGUGUCUUCCUUGGUGCUGCUGGGCUAGGUCUCCUCAUCUUCGCCUACCCCUUCCUGAAGGCUCGGUUCAACCUGGACCACAUCCUGCCUUCCAUAGGGGGCCUGAGAAUCCACCCUAACCCAGGACCAGACCACGGAGAGGGAAGAUCCAACAGCAACAGCAACAAGGAAGGGGGCCGCAGCAGCCUGUCCACUGUGAGCAGGACCUUGGAGAAGUUGAAGCCAGGAGCCCGGGGCACCGAGGAAGGCUGAGGAACUGCCCCUGCCCUGCCAUCCAUUCCUGCCUGCUACCCC